UCGGUUUGAAUGAUCUUCGGUAGUGUUUCUGAGAUGGAAUAGAUUCAUUUAAUUUACUUGACUUUGAAAACAGAUGACUGUUGAGGCUAUGUCAAUGAAUGUAUUCAAUGAAUGCACUGUCACAGCAUUCAUAAGUUUUCAUGGCGGUUGAUUGUACUUCAUUGAAUGCGGUGAAUAUCUAUGUGUUUAACAUAGCGGUGUAUUAUAACUAUUAUAGAAAUAUUAUUUGUUAGUCUUUUUUUUUCAGAUCAUGAAACAGCGACUCAUAAAUCUCCUGCUGUCUUCCUUUAAAACUUUGAGAUUUGCCGCAGUAGCAGCGACUCCCUCCACUGUUCCAAAUGGUGUUCAACCAUUUGAAGCGAUCCCAGGACCAAGGGGACGGACUUCCUUGCCGUAUAUAGGUCCAAUGUUUUUGUUUCACCCAUUCACUGCACAUACUUUAGAACAAUCGAAUCUGGUGUUUACAGAACUUAACAAAAAGUACGGUUCAAUCGUCAAGUUAAGAAAUGGUAAAAAGUGGUCAAUAUUUUUAUUCGAUCCGGAUUAUGUUGAGCAAGCUUUCUGGUACGAAGGAAAGUUUCCGGAGAGAACAUCGAUGCCAUUGUGGGAAACGUAUUGUAGGCGAAAGAAACGAAGGCCGGGCUUAAGUUUAAUGCAAGGGGAUCAAUGGAACAAAGUUCGAAAAGCUGUUCAAAUCCAGACAUCAAAACCAGCAGUUGUUUGUCGGUAUUUACCUUCACAUUUAGAAGUUGCUGACGAUUUCGUACAAUGUAUCGCACAAGAAGUAAACAGUGGCACACCCAUGGAAAAUCUUAUCAUGGAAUAUACGGCUGAAUCAACAGCCCAUUACUGUUUUAAUUCAAGAUUUGGUUUCUUAGACAGAAGUGACAAAGAAACCUAUGAAAAAAACCAAACUUUUUUAAAGAAUGUUGACAAGUUCCUUUCUCUGAUAGCCCAUAGCUUUUAUACUUUCCCUGUGUUUAAAUAUUACCCUACACAACUUUACAAAGAAUUUGAAACAGCCGCUGAUCUCAUUUUUGGGGUAGCUGAGCGUGAUGUGGAAAGAGAAUAUCUUAAACUGAAUAAAUGUCCAUUAAGUAAUCACGAUCAGCCUAAUCUAUUACAAGCUUUAUUACAAGAUAAACGUUUAGAGAAAGAAACCGUCUUAAGUUUAACUGGCGGCUUCUUUGCUGUCGCUACGGAAAAUGUUGCCAAAGUGCUGACGACUUUACUAUGGAAUUUAGCUAAACAUCAAUCUAAACAGGAUAUAUUAUAUCAAGAAAUAAAGGACACAUGUACUACUAAAGAUGGUAUCACUACUGAAAUAUUAUCACGUAUGCCGUAUCUGAAAAGUUGUUUUAAAGAAACAUGUAGAAUAGUAUUUCCAACUCCUGUUGGUACUGUACGUGUCAUACAGGAGAACUGUACAAUUGGUGGAUAUUAUAUACCAGCUGGGACAAUAGCUCACAUUGCCAAUAACACCAUGUGUCGGAAUCCUAAAUAUUUCGAUGAUCCUGACAUAUAUGAGCCAGAAAGAUGGUUACGGAAGUCAAAUACUACGCUGAAACGACGCCAGUCUUUCAUUGUCUUACCGUUUGGCUUUGGUCCUAGAAGUUGCGUAGGCCGACACUUUGCCGAACACCAGAUUUACGUAGCAGUGAUAAAGCUUCUUCUUAGAUAUAGAAUUACAUUGACCAACCCGGAUGAGGAAUUAGAAGUGUUCUACAAAAUAUUAGCAACGCUAAAAACACCUUUAAAUCUUCAGUUUGAAGAACGGAACAACAAUAGAUGAGAUUGUGGUUUAUUUAAGAUUUUACCCCAAUUUGUGAUUUAAUGUCACCCAGUAAUGCUAACAAAGACUAUAUAGCAUUAUAAGGAGGACUAUAUAACAUUAUACUAAAACCAAGACUGUAUAGCACUAUGUUAAAAUGAAGACUAUAUAACACUAUGCUUGCUAUAACGAAAACUAUAUAGCCAUAUACUGAAACCAAAACUAUAUUGCAUUAUAGGAGGAUAGUAUAACACUAAACUAAAACCAAGGCUAGAUAGCACUAUACUAAAAUGAAGACUAUAUGACACCAUACUAAAACGAAAUCUAUAUAGCAAUAUACUAGCUAAAACCAAAACUAUACAGGCUAUAAGGAGACACGGUAUAACACUACAUGUAUACUAAAACCAAGACUAUAUAGCACUAUACUAAAAUGAAACUAUAUAGCAAUA